AAGACUGAUUAGCGCGGCAUCCUUCCACUGACACACCAUGUAAUUUGUGGAGAUUACUGAUUUUUUCCCCCUGUGUUUGUAUGUUUCUCUUCCGCUUUUCUUCAUUUUGACGUGUCGGUCAGCAUCCAUGCGGCUCUCCAAAAGACAUCUCCUACCGCGCGUCUCUCCUUGAAGGCAAUAAGAGGAAGAAGUAGGAGAUUUUUGUCUUUUUUUUCCUGUGUCGUGCUUCCAUCCUAAAAUCUCUCCGAUGGUCCCCGGUGUGACCGCAGAGAGACUUCCAGCAUCUGACUGCCUGACGCGGGAUGGAAGCCGUCCACCUCUGACCCAUCAAUAGGACGAGACGUUUCAAGGAUACCAGUGAGGGAAAAGAGCAUUGUUUUUAUUUAAAGGCGACAGGUAAAGGACGCUGCGCUCGGCUGUGCUGCAUUUAUAGGAUUUUUUUAAAAGAGGACAGACGUGAUUUUAUGCAUUGAGAGCAAAUUCCAGACUAGAUGAUUGUAGUUUCUUUUAUGUUAACCCUAAAACACAAGAACUCCCCGUAAUUCACAGCCACACUGCUGGAAUGCACAAGAGAAAUAGCGCACUUUUUUCUAGUCCCCAAAGACGCACAGAUGGGCGGGCAGCGGCGUAAAUAAACCCCCUCUUAGCUGUUCAAUGCAUGCCUUUCAAUCCGCCUUCAGACUGGAGUCAUGUGCUGGUGACCCAUCUGAGCACCAGAGCCACCUGCGCUGUUGCAUUCAAGCCUGCCUGAGCGCCACGCGCAGACAGCAGCUAAACAAACCACAUGGCUUCACUGAUGUGUACAAAGAGCGGAUGAUUUCACUUGAAUAAGUCAGGAGUAAACAGACUCUGCCCUAGAUCACUGCCUAGAGCUUUAUUUUAAAGAGAUAUGUAGUUGUGCAACUGCAAUUUGGACUGCAAGAGGAAAGCAAUAACACUGAUAUGAGGCAAUAACAAUUAAAAAAAAGGUGGUAAUUAUAUUUUGUUCCAAAGCCAAAGAGAGGUGGAAAUAAGCGAGGGGAUACUUCACACUGCUUCCAUUUGCAUUUUCACUCAGACUGUGGCUCUAUCAAGCAUCAACCCUCCUUGCUCGCACACGAGGGAAAAGUGCAGCUAAAUGUUUCCUGUCGAAGGCAUUCAUGCAUGCAACAUUUUAAUAGACUUCUGAACUGCACAAUCACUCUGUAACUCUCCAUUGCACGACUCCUUCACAGGCUGCGUCUUCCAUUCUCAGCACAAAUUCCUCAGCAUCACCCCUCAAGAUAUCUGUCUUCCGGUAGCUUUUAUGGUUAAUCACUGACGGUGCCAUUCACCCACCAGUCUGUGUGUCAGCAUACCCGCAUUAUUUGGUGCACACACAUUCUCAUUGUGGAGCUAAACAGGCUUACGGGUGUGCCACAGAGUAUAAAUAGUUGAACAAAGGCCCUUUUGGAGCUGACAAGGGGCCGAAACCUGAGACUCAGAGUGAUUCCUCCCUCUGGUAACUCUACACGCUCACACGCCGAGAGGCUGGAGAAACUCUCCAGCUCAACAGAGCAAUUUAGAUCCGGAGAGGGUAAAGGGACGAGGCAGCGAGCAGGGCACACACUGCUGCUGUCAGGUUUCUCAGGUGCUUAAGAAGACCAGAUCAGCAAGAAGACCCACCCACCCCUCCUUCCAGCAAUUGUAUGAGCUGAAAAAAAGGAGGAGAAGAAGAAGACACCAGGGCGGACCACACCCACAGUCCCACCAGCCUCAAGACAGAGUCCCCUCCUCUCACCUCCCAGACUCUUGAUCACAGUCUGGACAUCUUUUGGGCAUCUUAGAGGUCAUCAUCCCUCAGCUGGAGUAGCUGUUGUAGGCUAGAUCUGUCUGGUGUCUCCCAUUCUGAGGUGUGUGAGUGUGUGUGUGUGAGUGUGUGUUUUGACGCCGUUGAGAGCCGCCAGCGGUCUCCUUUUUCCUGUCAGGAUGUCUGCAGUACAAGAGCUGCUGCUGCUGCUGGUACCUCUGGCCCUCCUGGUGCUUCAAGAGGUCAAAGUUGAGAAUAGCACAAGAUCAUUGGUUGAGAGCCAUGCUGAGGCCUCAGUGGAAACUGCAAGGUGCAGUGUGAGAGAGAAACAUUUGGAGUUACAGCAUCUCUCUGCCAUGGAGCCUGUGUGGAGGUGGACUCAGACACAGAGGCGGUGGCCAACGAAGGCUUCAAACUGGGCUGCAUCUCCUGUAAGAUGAGGGGCGAGGUGCCCGCCAAGGCCACGGUCGACUGGCACUUCAAGGCUUCGGAUGAGACUGAGUUCACCCACUUAUACAGCUAUGAAGAAAAAAAGCCCUACAUCAGUGACUCACGUUUCUACGAUCGUCUGGACUGGAACGGCAGCAAGCAUACGGACGACCUUCAGGAUGGCUCCAUCUACAUCCUCAAUGUGACCUUCAAUGACACGGGGACCUACCAGUGCACGUUCAGCCGCACCCUCAUGUAUCCGAACUACGAGUUUCAAACCAACGCCACCAAGAUAAUCUCCGUGAAAGUGGUGCCACGACUCACCAGAGGACUGGCAUCCAUCUUGUCUGAGGUGAUGAUGUACGUCUCCAUCAUCGGACUGCAGGUGUGGCUUGUGGUUGAGAUGAUCUACUGCUACAGGAAGAUCGCAGCAGCAGGAGAGGAAGCUCUGAGAGAGAGCGCGGCGGAGUAUUUAGCUAUAGCAUCGGAAAGUAAAGAUAAUUGUGCAGGUGUACAAGUGGCAGAAUAGCACCGGUCGAGGAAGUCUUCAAGAUUGUGACCUUGAGGAAUCUCACAUUCCCUCUUUCAUGCCCUCUCCUCUCACCGCCACUCACAUCCCGCCUUCCUUUCCACAUGAUGGAAAAAGCAAACCACAGAGAGGAGAAAGAUCUCCGCUGAAAGUUUUCUCCUAAGUGACUUUCUGCAAAAGAAUGACAAGGACUGAAUUUUAUCUGGUUUUGAGGGACUGAGGGGACGCAUCAGGUCGUGAUGCAACGGGACAGAGAGAGAGAGAGAGAGNGAGAGAGAGAGAGAGAGAGAGAGAGAGAGAGAGAGAGAGAGAGAGAGAGAGAGUUGAACUGUAUAUAGGUGUACACAUAUGCACAGAUAAUGUUAUAUAUUAUACGCCUACAUUGUAUAUCUACUAUCUGCAUGCUUCGAGCUAAUCAAAAUGACCAACAUCAUGCUUCUGAUGUGAGUUAGUCUGAUAAGCGUUCUCCUGAACCUGUGACAGUGUUUCUUCUGUGCGUUUAUUAAGCUGUUCCACAUAAAAAUGAUGAAUCAACAUUGUCAUAGCCAAAAUAUAUAUAAAAGGUUUUUAAAGGAUUCAUUUUAAACACUGGUAAGACUACAAAACAUCUCACUGUUCUGAUGAAACACUACUGGAAAGUACAGAGGAAACACUGCUACAACAGCUGAUAAUUUGUCCAGAUAUAUUCAAUGAUUCAUUUUUAAUUUAAUUAAAUGCCAAAAAACAACAAGUAUUUAGCAGAAUUUUCCCCAAAUCAGCUUGAAACGUGUCAGGAAACAGCAUUUAGGCCAAAAUGGGAGACAUUAAAUAAGAAAUACCAAGGACAAGAACACAGCGCCCGUCCAUCAUAUCAGCAGUGGCCACAUAUUAAGCCAGUGUCUAAACUUAUAGGACACUUACGUGAGCGGUUCAGUCCCUCCUGACAACACAACUAACCCUUUUAUUUUAUGUCUUUAAACAUUCUUAACAUAUGGCUGUAUCUAGACUAACGGCUAACAUGCUAACAAUUAUUUCUAUGUCACUAGUGACUUGAAACAAAUUUAGGACGAUAGGAGACGGGUUGAAAUAAACCGAAAUUUCCCUUUAAUUUCAGUGGAAUUUCCUUUUCAUCAAAGCCUUUUCAGAAGACUGCAACCCUGUUAAAACUAGCUGUGUUAUGCAGAGUUCACUCGGAUGAUGGUGAGGAGCAAAAACAGGCCCUGCAGCCCAUGUGUGACUUCCUGUGACAUAUGAAAAGACGACGCCCACUUCCACCAGGCUAAUUUGUAGCACACCAAAAAUGAAUAUAUAAAUAAAAAAAUGCAGCUUUACCAAUUUAUCCGAAGUGUUUUUAAAGUGUUUAAAGUAAAUUUGUCUACAGUGGAAACUUCCCCACUGAUGUGUAAUUUCACACAAAUGUCUUAGUGUUUUUGUAGAAACUUAAGGGCUUGGCUAAUUGCUAUAUACUUAAUAUCCAACUGCCGUGGGCAAAUGUACCACAAAACCUGUCCAGUGUGCCUCCCAGGGUGAAGCCAGUGAAAACCAAAAAAGAAAGAGCUGAAGCCUUGUUACAAAGCAGCUGUCCUGAUUUCUCUUUCCAGGCAGCCUGUCACUGACUAUCAGUGAACAUUAGAUGGCAGCGAAACACUGCCAUUCUGCAUGCUUACUGUUCAUCUCUUUUGUACCAAAGCUGAGUUCCAUACAUUUUGAGAUACUGAGAAGGGGACACACACACAGAGGAAUAUAAUGCAGAGGAACUGCAUGCUAACUGAUGGAAUAAGCAAAGUAAAGGAUAAAAACAGAACGUCCAAUAAGAUACUAACUAAAAGAAAAAAGAUAAAACAAAUGAUAUCGCAAGCAAUGCUACACACUGCUUUACUGGGUGAUUUACUUUCUUGGUAUGCUGCAUCAGUUAACAUCUAAAUGCCUUUUCCUGCACAGAUGAACGAACCAGUGAAAUGAAAACCACACUGCUCCCCACAUUGUUGGUCUGCUUUGUGUCCACGUGAAUAAAACUGCAGUUUUCACUUUAUGUGUAGGUGUGAAAAUGUUGCUUGCCACAAAAAAAAGGUGAUACACAGGAAAAAAAUAAAAUUGCUGAGAAAAUCAGCCGUGUGUCAUUUUAAUUCUUUCGGUCUUAUAUAAAUGGAAGGUGUCGGGGAUUUCAGCCUGACGUGUCCUCGGUUCACACUUAAAGUUCAUUUCCAUUCACACAUUUUUUUAAACAUGUUGAUUUUAGGCAAACAAUGCUUCUCCAAAACCCUUUUCAGUUAUUCAUUAACACCAGCAAGUAUACGUUUUUCACACGGUCAUGAGGUAUUUACUGAUGUAGUUUAACUUGUACAGGGGAUCAGAUGGAGAUGGAGGGAUUUCUUCACAUAGUAAAACGUGUUGAUGACAGUCACGGUCGUAGACAAGGUUUUGGAAAUAUCCCAACACACCCCCUCUCUCCCCUCAGAAUAUGAUGUCCAGACAUCAAGGGACAAAAAAAUGCUGAUGUAAAGCCUCAUCUACCCUUUAUUUUGUUGACUUAAAAGUAGUCAGAUGUACUCGAGUCGAACUAUAAUCACCACCUCCCAGCUGUAUGCCUCCACCAACCAGUCAAGUUGCAGUGACAGUAUGUCUGUCCAGACUCAUAUGCAGCCAUGACAGUAGACAAUGCCUCAAAUAUGGAUGUUGCUUCAAAGAAGCUACAAAUUCGAAAAAAGUGAAUGCCUCACACAAAUCUUCAACCCGGCAAUGCAGGAGAUCUACACUAUCAGCACAGUUUCAAGAUGGACACCCAAGAUUUGCUGCUCCUGAGUUAUGACGUUGAGUAAUAGCCAGAAAAGCAUUUUAUGCAUAAUAUUAUGAAGUCACAGUGAAGUUGACCUUUGACCUUUUGGAUAUAACAAGCCACUUCAUCAUUUUAUCCUGUCAGAUAUUUGUGUAAAAAUUUGGCAUAAUUAGCGUAUGAAUUCUUGAGUUAUGGCUGGAAAUGUGCUUAUGAAGUCACAGUCAUACUUUUUUUUUUUUUUAGAGAGUAAUUUUUUGGCAGUGAAGAAAGGAAAGAGAGAUGUAGAGCCUUCGGCAUACCCUGUACAGUAGCCUGUUGUAACUACACGUCAUGGCGACGAAGACCUCCUGUCUGUUUCUGUAAGCUGAAACCAUUUCCCUCAGUGGAAACAAAACUUUAACUUAUUUUUAUUUCACAGAUAAGAAACAAUAAAUUGUGAAGACAAGCAUCCACAAAAAUAACAGUUUAAGUCUUGUGUGUGAUUUAUCCUUCUGGGAUUUAUACUUUGGGAUUUAUCCUGGCUUCAAUGUAAAAUGCCAUAGGCUUGUGCUAAUAACGUUAGCAUGUUCUAUUUGUUUGGAAAACAUGUUUAGUAUAAGACAGUUGUUUUGUCAGUGAACCUUGUGAGUUGUCAAUGGAGCCGUAUUUUAUAAAUUGUUGCUGUUGUCCCUGGCUUCAUAUGAGAGGAGAAAAAGUCCGCUAGCUGCUAGGCUAACUUAUACAAUGUAAAAUGCCAUAGGCUUGUGCUAAAAACAUUAGCAUGCUGUAUUUGUGAGGGAAAAGUGUCCAGAUAAAGACAAGUGUUUGUCUGUGAAUGCUGCAAGUUAGCGUGAAGCUGAUUUGUGUACUUGUGUUUGAAAUCGUCUCUAUUAAGCCAUGUUUAAUGUGUGUUUAAUGUGUGUUUUGAAUCAACUUAUCUUUACAGCACUUCAGAGAAACCCUGCUGCCAACUAGUGUUUGGGAGGUGUAACUGCAGAGUGACACAGACACCACCACACAGGUAUAGAUGUUCUAAACAGCAUAGGCGACCUGCGUAGGCUCUGCAUAGAAUAAAUCCCACUUUAUAAUUGUUUGCUCGAUGAUGUUUACCGACUCAAAUUCAAACUCAAACUCUAAGCUAUUUUGACAAUUGAUUACCUGACUAACACAUCUCUCUGGUUCCAGCUUCUCAAAUGUCAUUAUCUGCUUUUUCGUCGGUUGGACAACAAUUUGAAUAUGACAACUUUUGGAUACUGUGAUAGGCACUUUGGAUCAAAUAACUGACAGAUGAACGUACAGAGAAAUUAACCGUUCCACCACAAUCCACUGCAAGAUGUGACCCAAGUCUUUUGAAUGUAAAGACACACACAGACUCAAAGAUGAGCGAGGAGCUGUUGCAUGUUUUAGAACUUUUCAUUUCUCUCCAUGGCGUGGUGUACAAUCACAUCUUUACAGUACAUUCUCAUCCCCACUCCUCAUCCAUCUCUCUCCCUCAAUCUACCCUGAAUCCCCCCCCCUCCCCCCUCCCUUAAUAAAUAUUACACCAUUUUGUCAUCUGCGGAUGGCCAUGCACAGCGUGGCCCCAUGCUUCUGUAGCCGCCAUUUUCAUUGAAACAGAGAGAGAGCUGGAUGAAGGGGAACAGCACAGAGGAAAGAGAGGAAGAGUGGGGUUGAGCGAUGAGAAGAAGAAGAAGAAGAAGAAAACAAAGUGAUGGGUGAGAUGUUUUCACAUCAUCGGAGGCCAGAGUCGAGUGGACGGAGAGGACAGGCUGAAAAUAAACAACAAAAUAAUAAAGAUAGAAAAUAAACAAAAUAAAAAGAGACAAGUGAGUCAAAUUAAUCUUACAAACACACACACAAAUAAACAAUACUGCAAAACAGAUUCCCUUUUUCUUCACCUGGGCUUACAAAAAUCUGGUUGGUCCUUUAGUUGUGAAAUGUCCGGCCCAGUUGGACAAUGAAGUAGCUGACAGUUCUGGUGUUAAGGUUUCCACCUCAUCAAGUCUCGGUAAAUCCUGAACUGUUAAGCUCAUUGACAUAGAGAGUGAGCAACUGAACUUGAAAGAGAAAUCUCCAAAAAAACUUAACUCAGCAAAUGCUAAUAUGAAAAUGCAACAUCUGAAACAUUGAGGACUCCUCAUGAACACUCACGCACACAUCUGUCAAGUCAUUACCUUCUUUGCUUGUUUUUUUUCACUGCCUCUACACACAUUCACACACAAUUCAUCAUUAUUAUUAUUAUUAUUAUUAUUAUUAUAUACUACUUUGUUUGAAACAUUCAAAAAGUACUAGCAUCACUAUUGUCUUUAUUGCUGUGACCAGUAAUCAUUCUCGUGUAUCUCCUCUUGGUCCGCACUGCAACAGCAAAUCAGAGCACAAAAUACCCAAAUGACUUCUUGUAAGAGCAGGACAGGACUUCAGAUCAAAAGUCAUCGGUAAUAAUAAAUACUG